GGUCGACUAAACAAAUUCAAACCGACGAAGUCGUUACUACAAGGUGAACGUUGUUUGGCAAACGGUGGAAGCAGCUAAUUUGGAAGACGAAUUUUUGGUGUUGCAUGAAAUCCUUCCUCAUCCGGAUUAACAAUGGCAUUAAGAAAUCGGACCGGGCUUACACACAUUGUAAAUCAGGAGAAUGUCAAGAAUACGAAGGUCAAUGCAAUAUCAGGGAAGGUAAAAAGAGCUGCUUUAGGCGAAAUAGGCAACAAAGUGAGCACGCAACGGGGUGUAGAUCACAUAGACAAGACCAGUCUUUUACUAAAAGAUAAGAAAAAGGCGAUAGUACCUGUGAAACAGAUAUCUGAACCAACGGUAAAGGUAUCUGAGAAACCACCUGUACAGGUAGUUAAACCUGUGCAAAAACCUGUAGUCCCUCAUGUAGCUAAUCCGGUGCCAGUUCUCGAGAAGAAGGAAGUGGAAUCCUUUUCGUCAGAUCUGUUGUCAUUCGAGGACAUCGACGCAGAAGAUAAGGGAAAUCUUACUCUAGUUUCUAUUUAUACCAAUGACAUAUAUGAAUAUUUAAGAACUUUAGAAAGUAAGUUCCCUAUCAAGAAGGGAUAUCUAUUAGGCCAAGCGAUUACUUCGAAAAUGAGGAGCGUACUCAUAGACUGGAUAGUCGAAGUUCACCAACAAUUUCAUUUAACGCAAGAAACAUUGUAUCUCACAGUUGCUAUUAUCGAUCGAUUUUUACAGGAUUAUCGUAAGAUAGACAAGAAGAGGCUACAAUUGGUUGGGAUAACAGCUAUGUUUAUCGCUAGCAAAUACGAAGAAAUGUAUACGCCGGAUGUAAACGACUUUGUUUACAUCACGGAUAAUACAUACACAAAGGUUGAAGUGUUACAAAUGGAAAUACUUAUUGUGAAGACGCUAGACUAUUCUUUCGGCCGACCGUUGCCGUUACAUUUCCUCAGACGAUACAGCAAAGCGGGAAAGGCUCUCUCUAUACAUCAUACGUUCGCCAAGUAUUUGCUGGAAUAUUGUUUGGUGCAUUACGAAGUUUCUCACUAUCCACCGAGCCUGAUCGCAGCUGCAGCACUAUAUUUAGCAUUUGUACUUAUUGGUAAUGAUGACAAUAAGGAAAAAGUUGUCUGGACAAAUACCUUGGUACAUUACAGUACCUAUACAACGAACGACAUAUUACCCGUAGCACAGCAGAUAGCAAGUAUUAUAAUUAACGUAGACAAGAGCAGCCAUCAAGCCGUGAGGAAGAAGUACACACAAACGAAAUUCAUGAAAAUUAGUACUCGGCCCGAAUUUAAGUCACCGAUUCUGCUUGCCAUAGCGAAAGCGCACGAUAAAGCGAAGGAAAAUCAUACGAAACAAGCAGAAGCGAAACAAAAGAAAGAGAAACGAGACUAUCUUUACUCAUCCCUUACCCUAUGUAAUAACCUUAUUAAAAAUAACAUGUAAUUACGCAUUAUUCUAUCGGUUAUCAUCUAACAUCACAAUUACUCUUGGUAACAACUUUGCUCCGGUAUCAUCGAAGUAAAUCUCAAGUAAUGAAACAAUGUGCCACCAUAUCGAGUCAUCAUAAACAAAAUCAUCUGUUUAAUAUAUAAUUCUCAUUUAUUACAAAUAGAAGAAAAGUUCAGAUUGAAAUUCAAAACUUGUAAACGAUAGUCUCGUUUGUGAUCGUCUCGGAGAUAAUAGACUUAUUGAAAGUGGAACGUACGAUCAUUUAGUUAAGGAAUAUUAAGGGGUUGUACGAAGUUUGUGAAAAAAGAAACACUUUAAUAAGUAAUUUUGUGUAAUACAGCUUGUAACUCGAGUACCAUAACACGUAAGUCACUUAUUAAAGGUUUACUUUAUUCUUAUACGUACUCGCGAAAUUUAGAUUAAUUGUAUACAAAAGUUUUCUAGCAUAAGAAAGAAACAAGCAUGAGAGUAUAGUCAAAUUUUACCAUUAAAUCUUUUUUUUUUUUGGAUUAUUAUAGUGUAAAAAACGAGCUACGUUUACCGAUAGAUCGUAUAUCGUAUCUUUUGUAUUAAAAUAUUGAGAAAGUUUUAACUUUUAUUCAUGAUUAUAAAUACAUUUUUAUUUUGAUAUUAGCUCUAUAGAUAGUUUUAACAUUAAUAUAUGAAAAUACGCGAGUAUUCCAGACGAUAUUAAUUUAUACUUUGAUAUCGAUAUUUUCACAAAUAUUAUACCAAUGGACUGUCGUUCAUUCCUGGUGUUUUACCAGUUUAACUAUACGCUUGAAACAUAAAAUUUGUAUAAAAUUUAUGUAAAUGAAAUUUCAGUGAAAAAUAAAGUGUAACAACGUUUCCGCGGCAAUACACAUCAUUUACGCGACUUGGAAUAUUAUGCUACAAUAUUUUAUACUCCGAAUGUACAUUAACAUUACUUAUUUGUUGUAUUAAAGUGAAAUCCUAGCACGUAUUUUGCGAACAGUCUCGCGAAAAUAAAAAUUGUUAUGAAUCCCAAUAAUAGUUGCAACAUGUUUUUCGGUGUUGUAACUAUUAUUCGUAUAGGAAGAGUCUAUAUAGAAACGUCUAUCCAUUAAAUAGAGAAUAGAAAAUAUAUUUGUUAGAGGUAGAGAGAUCACAACUUGAUUAAUUUUAGAAAUAUAUUUUACAAAGUAUUAAUUGUAUUUAAAUACUAAAAUAUAUUCAGUUUCCAAGGUGAGGAAUGUGCUACUGGUGGGUGUGUAACGUAAGAUUCUAAAACACAAGUAAAUAAGCAAAUCAUCUUAUAUAAACGUUUUAUAUUUAUCUUAACUUACCAAUUAAUUUCUGAGUAGCGGACAAUCCUGGAAAUUCCGUUGACAUAGAAAGUUCGGCGUUUUCCUAAAAUAUGUCGAUAUGUAACAUAUAAUACGAAUAAAUUAAUUACGAAUAUCUUA